GCUCCAGCCCUAUCUGGAGGCGCACACCCCAUCUUAGUGGGAAGCUCACCCAGUCUCCCCCCUCCUUCCCUGGCAGGGAGCAGCAGUCAGCAUGGAGGAUACCACAGCCAUAGUCACAGCCACCACAGACCAGUAAGUGUUUGGCCAUUACCAUUGGAAUCAUUCCAACAUGUUCUUAAGCCCUUUUUGAGGUGUUAUGUUUAUUUAUAUUCCCCUAUACGAGCCACAUUGCAGUACUGCUAAUCCUACAUUAAUUUCUAUACUUUAAAGGCCACUGCUGUUUGUCUUGUUUAUCUCAGUUGUGCACCAGUCACCAAAGCAACACCGCAGCAGGCCCCAGGUGAUGAGGAGGAAGCCGGGGGCUGGGACAUAGGAACAGGAAGUGCAGGCUGGAACCCACAGAGUGCCGCUGCUACGAUGGAACUUCCCGUGCUCACACAGCCUGGCCUGGGGGUAACCAAGACGACAGUGACCACCAUCACUCAGACUGGAGGGGACUGGAAUAGCAGCCUGUUCAACGUGUGUGGAGACAAGACUACAUGUGAGGCAGACAGCCCUGGGCUUAUCUCAGUGCAUUGCACACACACUCAGGCUAAAUGUGAAAGCCACAAAGUUACCGGUUUGGGUAACUGAAAUAGUCAAAUGGUGGAUAGCUAUACUGCUAUCUUACAUGGGCGUAAUGCCUGUUAUGCUCUACCUUUGUUAAUUAAAGAAGUUCAGUGUUUUUAUAGAGGGUUUUUCAUAAAGAUGACGAUUUUCUUGCAUUAUACCACAUCAAUCUAUCAAAACUCUGUAGGGUUGCUAAACAUGUAUUCAAAUUAGAAAAGUUGUCUUUAACCGACUACUACUAUGUUGUGGAGAAUUGCAGAGAACUAAACCUAGCCCUAUAUUUCUCUUUCCGCCCAUGCAGGUCUCUUAGGGGCCUUUGCGCCCUGCUGCUUGGACCUGAGUCUGGCCCACCAGUACGGGGAGUGUCUGUGUUUGCCCCUGCUCCCUGGCUCCACGUUCGCCAUGCGGGUGGGCAUCAGGGAGAGAUACAAGAUACGGGUGAGGAUUGUUACGCAAUAAUGAAGAGGAGGGUUAAUGGGUGUUAUUAAGGUCGAUGUCUGUGGGGAAAUCGGUGACGUCAUCAUGUUUUAUUAAAUAAAACCCUGUGGGUCCAUACUUGCAAACAUUAGAAAAAAAAUUACGUUUGAACUUUUUCUCCAUUCAAAAUGCACAUCAGCCAAUUAAAAUCAUUGAUGUAGUUGCACAUGAUAAAACGCUACAUGUUAGCUGUUCCCAAUAGAUAACCUGACACAUGGAGCCCUAUGCUAACCUGACCAGCCUGCAGUGAUUAUUUCCUGUAACAAAUUCUGCAUCAGCCAAUUACAAAUGUUGCUGUAGUUGGACGUGAUCGAACACUUCCUUGACAGAAGUCAAACGACACCAUCUGCUAAUCAAUGAUACUAAAACAUGCAUCACAUUUUCAGUAUAGUGAGCUCCUGGUAAUUGUCGCGGUUUGCUGCAAGUUCAAAUCCCAGGUGAGAUAUAGGUUUUUCCUUUGAAAUGUAGAAUUACAUUUAGUGUGUAGUAAAGGGAAGUGCAGCCAACACAUUGAAAAUGAAGAUUAAGAAUACAUUUAAUGAGGAGCUGCAUCUUUCUUCAGCCUUGUAGACAAGCACUGCUAAUAAUCAAGUUUAUUAGGCCUACAGUCGUGGUCAAAAGUUUUGAGAAUGACACAAAUAUAAAUUUUCACAAAGUCUGCUGCCUCAGUUUUGAUGAUGGCAAUUUGCAUAUACUCCAGAAUGUUAUGAAGAUUGAUCAGAUGAAUUGCAAUUAAUUGCAAAGUCCCUCUUUGCCAUGAAAAUGAACUUAAUCCCCCAAAAAACAUUUCCACUGCAUUUCAGCCCUGCCACAAAAGGACCAGCUGCCAUCAUGUCAGUGAUUCUCUCGUUAACACAGGUGAGAGUGUUGACGAGCACAAGGCUGGAGAUCACUCUGUCAUGCUGAUUGAGUUAGAAUAACCGACUGGAAGCUUUAAAAGGAGGGUGGUCCUUAAAAGCAUUGUUCUUCCUCUGUUAACCAUGGUUACCUGCAAGGAAACACAUGACGUCAUCAAAGGGCUUCACAGGCAAGGAUAUUGCUGCUAGUAAGAUUGCACCUAAAUCAACCAUUUAUCGAAUCAUCAAGAACUUCAAGGAGAGAGGUUCAAUUGUUGCGAAGAAGGCUUCAGUGCGCCCAAGAAGGUCCAGCAAGCGCCAAGACCGUCUCCUAAAGUUGAUUCAGUAAUGGAGGUACAUGACAGCUAUUUGCCAAGACCAUAAGGCUCUUCAACUCUUUUUACAAUGUAUGAUUAACUUAAAUGUUGUAUAGACCUCUUAUCUUUUUCCCGAAAAAGCACAUGGAUGUGUUUGAAACGGAUAAGUAAAAACGUGGGAUUUUGUCAUAUGUGCGAAAACCUGGCUCUUGAACAUUAGUAGCUAGUAGCCUAGUCAAGGAUGUGUCAUGAAAUAUUGGCACAGUACAAUUGUGACAGACCAAGUGGAACAAAAGUAAACCUUGAAUCUGGAGGCUUAAAAUAUCCCUCUGGUGGCCAAGUUGACCUAUUUUCAGAAAUGUAAAGCUUGGUUGUAUCUGCAUCUUUGUCAACAUUUUGUUAUUGACAGCCUUGUUCUGUCCCAUGUUCUCUACCUACAUAGUAGUCUAAAUAACCAAAUUCAUGUUGUUAAGUUCAAAAGAAUACAAGAUAUUUGCACCAUUUAAACCAAUAAGAGUUUGGAACUUUAAAGCCAAUUAUCUCAGAAUCAUAUUUUUGCAGAUAGAACCUUAUAGUUCCAAGCUCUCGAAAUGCCAUUGGUUGGUCGAUUUAAAAUCUAUCUUUGAUUGGCUAAUGCAGAAUUUGACAUAAUCACUGCCAGCAGGUCAGGUUAGCAUAGGGCUAAAUGUGCCAGGUUAUCUAAUGGGAACAGCUAACAUGCUGCGUUUUAUCACGUUGUAUUUUAAUUGGCAGAUUUUUUUUUUUACUUAAACGUUUUCUAAUGUUCGCAAGUAUGGACCCUGGGUGUAAGCAAAAGUUUGAGUAUGGCCUCCCAUGUGUUGACGCUAGAGACGUUCUGUUUUUUGCAUGGGCUGCGUCUCAAUCCACUGAAUCCGCCGGUGUUGGCCAUUUGCCUAUGCAGUAGACAGGCGUUUUCCAAGAUCGAUGUUUGUCAGACAUGAGAGGACGCCGAAAGGUUACUUUUCACAAAAACAUCUGAAGUCCAAACGGUUUGAGCCAGAAACAAUUUGGACCCCACAAUCGAAAACUAAGACUCUCACAAACACGGAUAUGGCGGCUGUUUCACAAGACUCGUCUGACGGUAACCCAGUACCGGACAGUAAAAAUGAAUAGGAGAUACUGUAGAAUGUGCCAAAACUAAAGGGGUCAAAUAUGGGUAAAGAAAAUAUGUUCCUGAGCUUUCUUAUAUCUCUCAGAUAUAGGACAGACACUUGAAAACAUACUUCCUUUUGAUGUAUUUCUUUUACUAUCAGUUUUGCCAUGUAUGAAUGUGUUAUUCAUUGCGUUUCUAUGGCUAUAACAGUAUGGCCAAAUUCAAUGUUUCAUCAAAUCAUUUUGUAAUAUUUGUUUUGAUAUCUACAGGGGUCCUAAAUCAAAUAGCUAAAUGAUCCACGGUAUGACAGUCUUAAAACAAUUAAAAAAACGUUAGCUUAGUAGAUAUCGCCCCUAAAGGCUUAGAGACCCAAGAGACAACUGCUGCUCACUGGGCACAGAUGUCAAUUCAACGUCUAUUCCACAUUUGUUCAACGUAAUUUCAUUGAAAUGACGUGGAAACAAUGUUGAUUCAAUCAGUGUGUGCCCAGUGGGUGGUGUCAUGGGCACAAAAGCAGUGUUCACUCACAGAACAAUUCAGUAUCACUGUCUUUAUUUCAAGAUAUUUAGGUUGGACUUUAUGCUAGUGUACAAUGAAAUUUGUCACUCACAUUUACUUUCUCCCUCUCUACCAACAGUGGAUCACUUCAUCAUUUAUUUUAUAUGGCAUGCGGUUGUCAAUUUGUUUCUGAUUUGUUAUGAAAGGACUCAGUAAAAGACAAUGCCACCACAUUUGUUCUGCAGCCAGGCUGAAGAUGGCUAAACCCCAUUUUGCCUGAGAGCAAAUGUGACCCGGCCCUGUGUCUGUGUGUGUGUAGGGCAGUGUCUGUGAGGACUGGACCACGGUGUACUGCUGCUACCCCCUGGCCAUCUGUCAGAUGAUCCGAGAGAUGAAGAGGAGGAUGAAGAGCCAGACCUACCAGGUGUCCACUGCACUGGAGUGCUCCUGACAACAUGGCUGUGUACUAGGUUCAUUAAUCCAGGUUAGGACAACGUCGCAUUCAUGUAUGUUAUGGGAUAUUAGAAUAUUCCGAAUAGAACAACCUUGGCUGUGUAUAGAACCUUCAGAGGCUCAUGUCAUUUUAUUUGUACAUCACAGGUGUCUGCAUAUUACAAUGUCACAGAUGUUUAUUGUGAUUUUUGCAGGUGUCUGAGGGUCAUCAUACCACAGGUGCCCAUUUGGUUUCUUAUGAGCCCUCAUUAUCAUCCAAGGUUUCUGAGGACUUUCCUCUUAAAGAUGAGUCAGUAUAUGUUAAAUUAAUGAUGAGUUGGUUUAGUUAAGAAGAACCAUUUGGUUAGGAAUACUAUUCUUUAUUUGGGAGUGGGGACUUGCUGUAGGCUUAGUGUUUUAGCCCAUUUAGUAUCUGUAACAUUAGAAUUACUUUACCAGACAAGGGUUAUAAAUGUUGGUAAAUGAAGUUCAUAGUCACGUUUAUGAAACAAUCCAUUUACGCCAUGAAAUAAUAAAAACCUAUUUACA